AUGCGAGGGAAGCCCGAUGAUAAAGAGUUAGAAGAGAUGGUUUUAAAUGAUAUGGGAACCAAUGAUCCUUUUCUCCUCCGUAAAAUCAUUCGAUCUUGGGAAAAGGUGCAUACCAAAGGAACAGAAAUAGUAAAGAAGAAUGAUGCAGCAAGGGUUCCUUAUCAGCAAUGGAUCUCGGAGAGGAUCAAAGUUGUGAAGCUCCCUUUUUCUAUAGAGAUUCCUCUAAGGUCUACUUCACCAGAACCAGUCCCUGUUUCUCUUGAAGAGGUUGAAGAACUUCGAGCCAUGGUAGCUAAACUUGGAAAGGAGAAAGAUGGUUUGCAAUCUGAACUUUACAAAGAAACUGGGAAAAAUAUGAUUCUCAAAAGGAAGAGUAACCAAAGGAAGGAACUUUUGGAGGAGAGUCGUAAGAAGAACAGAAUUGAGCAAGAUCUCAAGGAAAGAGUCUUGGAGUGCCUAGAUCAGGCUGAUAGUGGAUUAGGUUCACUCCAUGAUGAGUUAGCUAAGGCCAAAAGAGAUGGACAAGAGUGGAAGCGUUGGUGGGACCUAGCCACUAAGAAAAAGAAGGAGGUAAGGGAGGAGCUUGAAGCCCAAAUACAAGAACUGAAGGAGCAACUUCAAAGCUCUGAAGCUGAAGUGGUACGUGAAAGACGUCUUAAGGAACAAGUCCAAAGAACCUCUCAAAUAUGUCCUAAAGCCUGGGAAGAGAAGUGUGAUGAGGUGAAUACUAAAAAGGAGCUAGCUAGUUAUUGGAAGGAACAAUAUGAGUCUCUGAAGAGCCAAAGCAUGGAUUGGCUAAAUCAUAUGAAGCAUUUGAAUGAGAUAUUGGAUGAGUAUGAAUGCACCAUCAACCUUCUGCAGCCAAGUCUUGAUGCCUACCGCACGAAGUUGGCUAACCUCAUAGAGUUUUGUAAUGUCGUGGCCAUAGGCUUACCAUGGAAAUUAGAAAAUGCUCUAGAGGACAUGGAUGAAAAUAACACUCAUCAUUCGGCUCGUGACCUUGUUUUGCUUUGCGAAAGGAUGAUGCGAAGGUUCAAAGAAGAAUUGAAGGCGCACAAAGAGCGAGUUGCUAAGAGGACUCUUUAA